UACGGCAGUCGGAGGUGGGGUGCCGCUCACCAAACGUCUGUGUCAGCUCCAACAGUUUGCCCUCACCCGUACCUGUGCGCCUGAUGUAGCAGGUUGUCAUCUCCUCUGCAAUGAAGGAAAGCUGCUCCUGCAUCAUGAUUAUGGACUGAAGGUAAUCCACAAGAGUGAGUCAUACUAGGCUGAGUUGGGCUGAUGGUAGACCAGCAUGGCUACUUCUCCCUGAAUGAAAGAUGCAUGAUCCCUCUUUGGAUUCAUCCCCCUGACCGCCACUGAGCCGAUCGAGCCCUCCAUCAGACAGUCCCAUCUCCGCUUCCACUGUUCUCUGCUGUAAUCUACUGUAGUCUAGUCUUCUCUCCUUCACAGUUGUUGCCCUGUGGUGACCCUCUGCAUGUCUGACAUAUAGAGACAGAUGUGUUAGCAGGCUGUUUAACAGGACAAUUCCUCCGUGGUAUUCAUUAGAGGUCUGUGUGGCCACAUGCAGAGGAGGGAAGACAGUCAAAGGGAGCCAGAGGGGGUGGGUCCCAGCUCUGGUCCUGGAGCUAAAAAAGAUGGGUCACACAGCUCAGGGUUGAAGAGGGCCUCAUCCCAGUCAGAACACCCCUCUUUCAGUAAGAUGAGCCAAAACGCCAGGGAGAGCAUGGGGGUUCUUGGCCAGGGAUUGAAACAGCUGUUCCAGCAGCAGCGUAAACGCCUCUCCCUCUCUCGCUCCACCGUCACCUCCUCGUCUUCCUCCUCGUCUUCCUCUGUAGUGUCAGCAGGUGGCACCUCCCCCGCUGCCCCUGAGGAUACCUCAGGGUCCUGCUGUCCUGACUCUGACCGCCUCUCUGCUCCUGUGGUUCCUUCUGCAGCUGGCCAAGGCUCAGCGGCUGUGGGCAUGAUGAGGCGUGGGACCAGCCUGCAGAGCCGGCGCAGUAAGGGGUCAGGAUCGGGUAGCGGAGACCGCGACCCCCUCCUGAGAGGUAGCCCCCAGGCCCCACGCCGCCGAAAUACCAACGAUCUACAGCAGCAUACCAGCCGCCCACGCUCCUCCUCCACCACCGACACCACACCCAGCAGCCCCGCCCCUGGAUACACUGGCGGUGAUGUGGUCCUGUCGUCAGGGUACCAGUCCACGGAGGAGACAGACAGGAUCGACCGGCUGGAGGUCAGUGGACUGGGCCAAACACCCCUGGCUGUGUCUUGUGGGGCAGAUAGUUCAUUCCCAGGGGGUGAGGAUGGCACUCCUGACCCUCAGCGCACCAAACAGGCGAUCGCCCAGCUGCAGCAGAAAAUCCUCAAGCUCACAGAGCAGAUUAAGAUCGAGCAGACAGUCAGGGAUGACAACGUUGCAGAGUACCUCAAACUGGCCAACAAUGCUGACAAACAGCAAAGCACACGCAUCAAACAGGUUUUUGAGAAAAAGAACCAGAAGUCAGCACAGACCAUCCAGCAGCUGCAGAGGAAGCUGGAGCACUACCAUCGGAAACUGCGAGAAGUGGAGCACAACGGUAUCCCACGCCAGCCCAAGGAUGUUCUGCGGGACAUGCAGCAGGGCCUGAAGGAUGUCGGAGCCAAAGUCACAGGCUUCAGUGAAGGUGUUGUGGACAGCGUCAAGGGAGGCCUGUCCAGCUUCUCACAGGCCACCCACUCUGCUGCAGGGGCCGUCGUCUCCAAACCUCGGGAGAUUGCUUCGCUGAUUCGCAACAAAUUUGGCAGCGCUGACAACAUCCCCUCGCUCAAAGACUCUCUGGAUGACCCCUCAGUGGACGAGGGUGUGACAGGGGCUGGUGGACGUUCACUGGGCAGUGCUGGGCAUCACCUCCAGUCCAGUCCUAAGUAUGGUAGCGAGGAUGAUUGCUCUAGUGCUACGUCAGGCUCAGCGGGGGCCAACAGCACCACUGGGGCACCUGGAGGCCCCCCCAGUUCCAAGGGCAACACACUGGAGAGGAGCCAGAGCUCCAGCCUGGACAUGCUGAUGCAGGAGGUGCAGGAGCUGAGGGAGGGUCAGGCACGGCUAGAGGAGAGCCUUGAUGGCUUGAAGACCCACUAUCAGAGAGACUACACAGUUGUUAUGCAAGCACUACAGGAAGAACGCUUCAGGUGUGAACGUCUGGAGGAGCAGCUGAACGACCUGACAGAACUUCACCAGAAUGAGAUCCUGAACCUCAAACAGGAGCUGGCCAGCAUGGAGGAGAAGAUCGCCUACCAGUCUUAUGAGAGAGCCAGAGACAUCCAGGAAGCAUUAGAGGCCUGUCAGACCAGGAUCUCUAAGAUGGAGCUUCAGCAGCAGCAACAGCAGGUCGUCCAGUUGGAGGGGCUGGAAAAUGCGACAGCCAGGACCCUCCUGGGAAAACUUAUCAAUGUGCUGCUGGCCCUUAUGGCUGUCCUUCUGGUCUUUGUCUCAACUGUGGCCAACUGUGUGGUCCCCCUGAUGAAGACACGUUCGCGCUCACUCUCCACUCUCCUCCUCAUCCUCCUGCUGGCCUUCUUGUGGAGAAACUGGGACGCUCUCUCGGGGUACACGCACCGAGCUCUACAGCCACCAGGAUGACCAGACCGAAGCCAGCAACGUGUUGCUUUGGUGACGCCAGGUGAUGUAACUGUAGCCAGAGUCGUGCAGGAUGUUUGAAGAACGCGAUUGCCGUUAGGAUGGCUGUGUGGCCGGGCACUGAAAAUUCGGCUGAGCACUUUCGGACACGCCCUGGAAUCAAGAUAAAGUGGAAGAAACAGAGUACAGCUGAGAACACUCAUGAUUUUCAUUUAGGAAGGAUGAGACUGUUUACAUUUUGAAAUGAACUGUUGUGUUGUUAUCUCUCACAGAAUGCAGCAUUGUACUGUUUUUACUGUUCUUUAGAGUUUAAUCAAUUAUAAUGUUAUUAUUUCUAAUAAUAUUAUUUUUAUUUUCAAUGUUAUUUUAUUCAGUAUCAUGUAGCGUUACGCUUCCCUCACUCUACAUGAAGGGGAGUUUAGUCAGGAAACCGGGCUGGCGAUUUCGCCCCAAUGGCCUAGUCCAAUUGUAGAGACAUGCAAAUGUGAUAAUGUGGCUGACUUCCUUUAGGAAGAGAACUCUUACCUAGCUGUGACUGGUAGAUUUGAACCAUGGCUGAAAACCUUCCUGGGAGUUGCUUCUUUCUUGCUGUGAUGAAAUUUGUUCGGACAGAACAUUUUGAAGGACCGACCAUGACUUUGGAGUGUCAUGAUGACUAGAGACUUUUUGUGCUUCCUUACCAUUUCUAAUAGCAAAGAUCACAUGCUUUUACUUAUUUCCUUUUUUUUGAGUAAAACAGGAAAACAUGUGUUACAUAGGGGAGAUUAUUAAUGAAACAUAAAGAGAAAAUGGGCCAGUUUAAGAGGGAAAAGCUACUACAGGCUGCUUACCAUAGAGACAGCACAUAAACACAGAGAACAUCUGGUUAUUGUCAAGCACCUGCCAUAUUUGCAGCAUGUGUAGAAUGCUGUGUGUUUUCAUCUAGAAAAUUACAAAGGAACCGUUCUUUCUUUUUAAAAGCAAUGAGAAAAGGCCAUCGUCCUAGUGAAAUCAAUUUACAAGGAUAAUUGCCCCUCCCCCUCAUAUUUGAUUUGAUCAGGUUCGGAAAAAGAGACUACUGGUGCUUUUCCAGAUCCAUCUCAUUUGGAACAGUAAUGCUGCUGCUUCAUAUCUACAGUGCAAGUCGUCUCCACUGCCAUGCCAGUCAAAUGCACACUGCCAGUAUGUGACAUUGUACUAUUCAUCAGACACGCUCCCUGCAUAUUAUCUCAGUGGCCGUCCUUCUGUUGUCUACAUGUACACCAUGUUAAUGGUGUAAUGACCCAGUGCCAAACCUUAGUUAACCCAGGGAUGCCUGUGCACCCGAAAGCGCCAACCUGAGAGGACAGAAAAGGGAGGUUGCUCAGCAGGUUUAGCUUCUAUUCAUGAAUGUCUUGCAUUGAUGCCAAGGAUGUAUCUUUUUGGGAGAUGUAACUUUUGCAAGGGAAAAGCUAUUAGAGAAUUCAUAACCUGAACAUGAACUUGAAUCCGGAUCCUCAGUUGUGUUUCUGCACCUUGCUUUCUUGAGUACAGUUCCUCGGCUCAGCCUCCAGUCUUUCUUACAUUCUCCCUCUUUCUCAUCUAGUCGAGGACACGACAAGAUGACCUAGCACGUUAAAUAGUCCACCCUGCAUUUCAUUGCUGAGACGCUGAUUUCCUAACAGAUAGUGAAAUCAUUUGUACCGUACAGCUGCACUUUAGCACACUGCUAGAUAACAUGUAGGUCAGGUUGAGGCUUGAGAAACCUUUGAUAGAGACUUCAAAGGUUGUCACUCUUAAGACAUUAGUCCUCAGAGGGAUAAGACGAGUUCACUCAGGUCAGGAUCACUGUCAUCUCUGUCUUAAGAUAAAACUCACACCGAGUAAUUUUGCUCAUUUCUUGUCAAAAAUGUCGACAAAGUUGAUUCCUCUCGUGGCAAACAUGCAAUUAAAAUGGCAGGAAGUAGAUUUAAGAAUCUGUUUCAAUUUUGCCAUCGUGGGCGAGGCAGACAAGUUGAGAGUGAGCUGACUUUUGACCUUAGCUUGACCUUGAAGUAUCUCGUAUGAUAUAGGGUUAUGUGCUAAACCACUCUAGUGCCUUCUGACGUCCUUUUCUAAGUGUGGAAUAAAUAAAGUGCAUUCCUGACUAAA